AUGGAGAGCAGAAAAGUUACCAUGUUAGUGACAAUAAUGAUAGUUAUGAUGAUGGGAAACCUUUUAGACCAAGCAAAGGCUCAAACAAAUUCUUUAGGUCAAAAAGAGGAUAAGAAAAUCCCUUUUAUUCAGUGUUAUCCACCUUGUCUUCUAGUGUGCAAGAGUAUGCACAAGUUUCCAGCGUUUCUUAAAUGUCCAUUUACAUGUCUUAAAGCCUGUCUUUUUCCUACUUCACCUACUGAUCCAUCUCCAUCUCCCACCCAAGUAAGUUUGCUUUUUUUCGAAAUUCCUCAAAUUUAUGAAAUUUACUAA